AGGGAGCUUUAGCUAUAGCAAAGGAACUUCCGUCUAUUAGUUACCAUUAUUUAGUGGAUGCCUUUCCUACCCUGAAUAUACCAAAACACGGCUCAGAAACCAGUGCAGCAUUUGUACUUAACAUUGAUAACCAGUUUUCACGACCAUUUAGAGCAUUUCAGUUCAUGACAGAAAAGGUGGAACGUCAGAUUAAAACUAUGGGUUCGUCACCUCUAAACGCUUUUUUGCCGAGAUUUCUCCAAAACAUGGACUGUUUGUUGUGUUUUGGGAACAACGAGAUUAAGCAAGACGACGAUUCUGGCCGUUCUAUGGUGAUUGACUUCCUAGCUCCGCCCACACAGUUUGGAUUUUAUGACACAGCAGCAGACUUUGUUCACAAAUUCCGUCAAGAGAAAAUAAGACCACACUGGGCCAAACGUCACACAGAUAUUCCUGGGAUAGUGGACAUCAUAAAAGACACAUACGGAGAUAACAUAGACAAGUUCACAAAACUCAAAUUUGAUUCCGGAAUAGAUCGAUGUGGCAUCUUCAUGAACAAAUACUUAAUGGAAAUUUUUGGACGUCCUCAGAAUUAUUUCAAAUGGUGUUAG